AUGGUCCGAACACAUGUGCGAAAGGAAAAAAAACAUAUGGAUGAAUUUGAAAAAUUGUGUAAUGAUGGAAAGGACGUCGAAAAAGAUAAAAAUUGCAGCAAAGGAAGUGAACAUUGCAAACAACAGUGUAAUAGAUAUAAUAGAUGGAUAACUACCCAUAAAAACGAAUGGUUAGGCCAAAAAUCUAAAUACGAAGUAAUAUUGAAUGAUAAGUUCGAUGAAAAUUAUGAUGAUUUUAAACAACAUAUAAACGGUAAUGCAGAUGCAAAUACAUAUAUAACAUCCAAGAAUGAUAAAUGCAAAAACAGUGGUGGUAACCAUAUAAAUGUUGAUGAUUUUUCGCAAAUGCAAAUAGGUAUAUACUCCGUAGUUAUAUCCGCUUGUAAUGCUGAAAAUGUUUCUGAUAAUUGCUUUUCAAUUUUAUCUUUUGAAAUAUAUUUUUCCAUAUCUCUAUCGCUUUGUUGUUUACGUUUUUGUGGUUGUUUGAUCAUGUAUUCUUUAUAUUGUUUGAAUAGUUUCAUUACAUUUUUAUCUCGGGGUCAUGUUCAUAAUUAG